UUGCUCUGGGGAUGUCAGUCAGAAUGGCUCCUCCUCUUCCUCUGAUCUUUCUCCUCGUGAUUCACUAUGUUUUCAGUGAAAAUGAUUGGGGUGUGAGUUACAGUCCUUCACACAUCUGUGCACUAAAGGACUCAUCAGUGAUAAUGAGCUGCACUUAUACAUACCCUACUGGACAUCAGAUCAAGAAAGUGUUAUGGAGCAAAAACCCUGUACAGGGUGAAGAGUCUCCAGAUCUGUCUGAGGAUCCUGAAUACAGUCAGAGGCUUCAGUAUCUGGGAGACACACAGCAGAACUGCACCAUCAGACUGAGUCAUGUGACACAGAAAGAUGAACACAUGUACUGUUUCAGAUUCAUCACUGAUAAACCUGGUGGAAAAUGGACUGGUUAUCCAGGAGUGACUCUUACUGUCACAGAUCUUCAGGUGGAGGCUCCUGAGAGAGUGACAGAGGGUCAUAAUGUCAGUCUGACAUGUAACAGCAGCUGCACUCUGACUGACAGAGCAACAUUCAUCUGGUACAGAAACUCACAGCCAUUAACUGAGAGAAGAGACGGAAACAAUCAACUCCUGCUGCAGUCAGUCAGAAGAGAGGAUGCAGGCAGAUACAGCUGUGCUCUACAUGGACACAGUUACAUCUCUCCUGCUGCUCGUCUCAGUGUCACGUGUGAGUAC